GGAAAAAGUCGGUUUAAUUUAUAAGAAAUUUGAAUUUAUCGUCUUUUAACCUUAUUAUUUCCCAAUGUUAAAAAGAAAAUGCGGUUUUUAACAUUAUUAAAAAGUGGAGUUACUGUCAAGAAUGUGGCUUUAGGCUUUGUUCAAGCUUUGCUGAAAGAAUCCUGGCAGGAAAACGAAUUAUGUCUGGAAUUAACAUGUGAUUUUAUCAAUGAUACGUUGGCGGCCAUUGGCCUGGAUUGUCUUAUAACCCCUGAACAAAUUAUUGCUGGCGGCACGUACGAUUGGCCACUGGAACAAAUACAAAUUUAUAAUUUCCACCAUGUGGAAAUGGAUUUUAAGAAACUUGAAGAAUUCCUUGGGGAGCUGUGCUACUUGGUGCAGCUGCAACAUGAAAUAUUUAUCAAUGAUUUGAGGGAAUUACAUGAAGAUGAUGAUUUGGAAAGUCCGGUGGAGUUUUUAAUGCAAUUGAUAGCGGUGUGGUGUAAUGUAUAUAAGCAGUUGCAAAAGCUGGAAGAUAUGCAGGCUAAUAAACGUUUUGAGGAACCUUUGUCGAGAAUAAAUUUCCAUUUAUUGCUGGGCAUGCAUGAAUUACGCAAAAUGUAUCGUUUGGAUUUACAUCUAUUGGAUGCAAUAUGUACUCGUCUGUAUUGGAGUGCUUUGGAAGGACUUUACUAUAAACAAACCCAUGAAAUGAUAUUUACCGGUUUACUGGACAUUUUCUCCAAGGAUUAUGAUUUAUUUUAUGCAAGUUCGUCUCAAACUAUAAACUUCUUUUAUGAAGCUUUUUCCGUACAGAUAAACACCCUAACUCCUUUAAAACUCUAUCAAACUUUGGGACAAAUGCUAUUGGAAGAGAAUAUUUCUACAUCUAAAAUGAAUAUAUUAAUAAAUUUUCUCAUAGAGCCCUCUAUGUUGCAAGUAUAUUUCAGCACAUUUCUAGCAAAACGUUAUAAAUGGUUUAAUAAUAUAACCACCAAGAAUUUGGUGAAAAUUCAACAUGAAGCGGUGAAAUUUUUAAAUAAUUUGCAAAGCAAACUUUUAACUUUGGAUUGUUUUUCUCGUGAAUUUAUGGAAUCUGUAUUGAAUUUGAUAUUUAAAACCCAGCCGAUAACCUCAAAUUUAGUCUGUCAUUUGUAUAUUAGCAUGAUGAAGCGUAAAUUUUCCGAUCAAAUGAUAUUGAAACAUAUAAUGGAUUUUUAUGUGCGCCACUUGGGUUCCAUUUUUCAAUUGAGUUCCUAUAUACACGCUAUGUAUGAACAUUUUGAGUUUUUAUUAAAUUUCAAUAUUUUUUUGGAAAUUAUAACGGAUGUUAACACUGCAGAAAUAAUAAGAUUAUUAAGUGCUCAUAUAUUGGUUAUAGUUUUUGAAAUAAAAGUAUCGGAAGAAGCUGCCUCUACUAAACAAGAACUACAACAUUUAUUACAAAUAUUGCCGGAAAUAUUUGAAAAUUUACAUUGCCAAAGGACCGAGGGAAUAUUACUAAAAGUCUAUUCCUUUAUAGCCAUAGACAAAUUAAAAAAACCGGCUCUGGACAAUUUUAUACACUAUGCUAUGGGUAUAUUCACACACUUUGCCAACAAUUUGGAAUAUCCUCUGCUAAUGAAUAUUUUCAAUAUAUUCCACAACAUAUUGAAUUUUAAUCAGGAAUGGCAACAUUUGGAACAACUAAGUGAUCAUUUAUUGCAUACAUAUCAUGAAAUGAUAAGGGAUCUUAAGAGACUAGAACAAACUCCAGAAAAGCUUUCAAACGCAACUUUGGUGAAUUGUAAUAAUUUAUUAAAACGUUUUAAUAUUAUAUUAAAAACCAAAUAUGAUUUAUUGGACAAUAACUAUUUGGACAUCAUACGCACCUUGUCUCAUUACUUUCUUUACAAUCCAGAAAUUCAAUCUUUAAUAAAUAAAGAUAACUUCUUUUUGGAUUUAUAUGCUUUGGAAAUAAUUAUAUCCUGCAUGUUUAAAUUACUUAAGCAGCAAUCCGAUACUAAUCAAAAUUAUACAUUUUUCCCUGAAGCUCAACAAUUAUACAAAUAUUUAUGGUUAAUAUUGAAAAAUCAAGAUGAAUUAUUAAUGCUACCAACAGUGAGAAUAAAAACGUAUUUUUGUUCUUUAUUGCUAUUAUUUACCCAUUUGCCGUUUAAAUUCGAUUCCAAUGUUUAUCGUCAGUUGGUACAAAUCUUGAUAGUGGUGAAUUUUAAAAAUAAAACGCCAAGUCAUAAGGACGGCAAUGAGUCGCAGCAAUUACAUCCUUUACAGUGUGUGGAAUAUCAACGUGUGAUGUUAAGACAAUUUACGGAAAUGCAUAAAUAUCAAAGGGUACAAAUCCAUACAAAUAUGGUAUGGAAAUUGUGUAUUUAUUAUGGCAUGUUCAAACACACUUUCCAAAAGGAAUUAAAGGAUUUACUUAUUACUUUGGCCAAUUAUAGAUUGAAAAUCUAUAAACAUAUCAUUUCCGUAUUAAUAUACAAUCUGUAUAAACAAACUCCUAAUCUCAAACACAUGACCAUAGUGUCCAUACUAAAACAACACAAACAUUUAAUUGAUAAUAACAUAAAUGUCGAUUCAUCGCCCCUACUUAAAGUCCAUGUGGUCUUAUUGGUAUUACAAAUAUUGGAAAAGGCCUUAAGUGUUCAACGCUUGAAGGCGGGCCACAAUCGUUUAGAGGCUUUAAAGCAUUUAAACAUUUUCAUAGAGGACUUAGAUUUAAAUCAAUUGCAAGCAAAAGAAUUAAUGCAACAAGAGGUAACAAAAAUGACCCAUCAUUUAAUUACCGCUGAUGAACGUAAAUAUUUGGAUAAUUUCAAAUUGCUGCUUAUAGAAUAAGUUGGCUAAGUUUAUUGUUUCCGCCACAAAGUGUUUAAAAUGUAUUUUUGUUUCUAUGUUUGGAUUUGAAUUUAUUUUAUUUAUUUUCUAACUCGCCAGACAUUGCAGUGCCUUUUUUGUUUAAUUUCAUUUCAUUUUUAUAUUUAUUAGUUUAUUACAUUUGUGUUUGGUUUUAUUAUUCGUAUUAUUAUUUAAUUUAACAUGUUAAACGUCAGUAACAUUUGACGCCUGUGAUGAAUAAAAUUCCUCUAUUGCUUUUAAACCACCCAACUAGCCUUUUAACUAAACAUUAAUUAUUUUAUGGCAAUUAUCUUAUUUAUCUAAACUAGAUAAUAAGAUAAUUCCA